AUGCAUCACCAAGCCCGGCCCCUGGAGGUUGUGUUGUGGAGUGGUGCCAGAAUUUUGAAUGCCAGUGAUGCCAGUGAUGCCAGUGAUGUCACUUUCCAAUCUGAGCCCCGGGUGUUUUCCCACACGUUUGUCAUUCGCCUUGACCGGCAUUGCAUCGGCAGUUGGAACUCAGGGGGGCUAAGGCUGGAACUGCAAAGCUGCAACUGUCUGCAACUGGCUGCACCCAUCAAAACGCCGGAACCAGGCCAGCAGAGUCCAGUAAACCCGGACAGGCUUUGCGGAACCUCCAUGUGCAAUCUGCACAAGCGGAGAGGCGAAAAGACUGGGCAACUUGAAGUUGUUGAUUUCAUCACAGUUGGUGCAAAGCAUGCGCUUGAGUUGGCCUUGCUUCGAAAAGAGUUGGAGAUUUGCCGCAGUGAGGCGGCUGCCCAGAUCCAGGCACUCCGUGAAGAGCUCCGGAGUAUGGGACUGGUGAAAUUGGAGGAACCAGAAGAAACCAUUGAGAUGGCAGCAGAGGUUCGGGGGGCUGUACAGGCUGAACACCAACAAUGGCAUUUCAUGCCAUCGGUUGGAACAUGGAUCCAACGACCAAUUCAGCUUCAGAUCCAGGAGCCAGCUCUAGCCAGAGAGAUGGCAGCUGAGGAGGAACGGUGGCAUGAUGAUGGGUGGAUCCCAUACAGCACGAUGUUGCGAGAAACGGUGGCGAGAGGGUCGAGGUCGCCAGCUUGA